AUGACUCCCUCCCCUGCUACUCGCCUACUCUGUUUCAGCUUCAGGCUUUCAGCCACCUCGUCGCCCCAUUCGGCUUCAACCACGCAGCACUCACCUCACCACCGCAUCCAGAGCAGUGCGCCACUCACCAGGUCUUCCUCCAGGUCUUCCUCUUCUCUGCUCGACGCUCGUCGCUCCAUCUCCAGGUCUCCCUUUUCUCUGCUCGACGCUCGUCGCUCCAUCCCUCCAGGUCCAGGGUCCAUCCGUGCAGCCGUGCAGUUUGAUUUCUGUUUUGGUAUGCGGGCAGAUGAGAAAGUGUUUGAUAGUUUACAUAUUACUUCAGAAUUUAGGAUGGCUUCAUCAAAUGCACCAUCAGAAACACCAACACCAACUUCUCAGGAACAAGGAUCAACUCCUGAUCCAACAAUCGGAACCCAAAAAAAUAGUAACAGAGGAAAAACUGAUCCUGCAUGGGGCCAUUGUAAACAAGUUUUGGAUAAAGAAAAAACUGCUCUAGUAUGUAUUUAUUGCGAGAAGCUUAUUAGGGGUGGAGGAAUUAACCGGGUUAAACAUCAUUUGGCUGGAAAAGGCGGAGAUAUUGAGGCAUGUCGAAAGGUGCCAGCUGUGAAAAGGAAAAUUCAAGAAGAAUAUGCAGAAAGUUAUGGUGCUUGUGAUGACGUUGAAAGGGAAUUUGAUGAGAUUGAACGUAAUGAGAUGCGACAACAACAAGCAUCAAGAAUUCCAACACCUAGCUCUAGAAAGGGAGUUGGAAAACAACUCAAGGGAUUACAAUCCUUUUUUCCACCGGCAGCAACACCUAGAGCUCAACCAAGUAUUAAAAGUGUUCUCCAAAGAAAAAAAAUUGUGGAGAAGUAUGAUAUUGCUAUUGCAAGAUGGAUGAUGGAUGCCUCUGUGCCAUUCAAUGCGGUUAAUUCAGCUUAUUAUCAGCCAAUGAUCGAUGUUAUUGCAAAUAUGGGUGUAGGGUAUAAAGGGCCAAAUUACCAAAGAGUUCGUGGAUAUUUGUUGAGUAAAUUGGUUGAAGAUGUAAAGAAGAUGAUUGAAGGUUAUUGUGUGAUUUGGAAACAAACUGGAUGUACUAUCAUGGCUGAUGGAUGGACUGAUCGUUGUAGGCGUACUUUAAUUAAUUUCUUGGUUUAUUGCCCUAAAGGAACUGUUUUCCUAAAGUCAGUUGAUGCUUCUCAUAUCUCGAAAACUGGUGAGGCUUUGUUUAAGUUGCUUAGGGAUGUUGUGUUAUUUGUUGGUCCUGAGAAUGUUGUACAUGUAGUGACGGAUAAUGCUGCAAAUUACGUUGCUGCUGGAAGGUUGUUGGAAUCAGAGUUUCCUAGAUUGUAUUGGUCUCCUUGUGCGGCACAUUGUAUUAAUCUGAUGUUGCAGGAUAUUGGGAAGUUAGUGGAAGUGACUGAAACUGUGUCACAAGCUUCAAUGAUUACGAAGUAUAUCUAUAAUCACUGUCAUCCUUUGUACUUGAUGAGGCAGUUCACAGGCAACCGAGAAAUACUUCGUCCAGCUCCAACUCGAUUCGCCACUAAUUUCAUUGCUUUGCAAAGUAUUUUGGCUCAAAAGGAUGCAUUGAGAGCUAUGGUGACAUCUAGAGAAUGGACAAGUUCAGCUUACUCUAAAGAAGCCAAAGCAAAAAAGUUUGUGGAUCAAGUCUUAGAUUCUAAAUUUUGGAAUCAAUGCACUGAUAUUGUUAAGCUUACUGAGCCACUUGUUCAUGUAUUGCGUAUUGUGGAUAGUGAAGAUAGAGCUGCAAUGGAAUUUGACAAGCACAAAGAAACAAUUUCUGGCCUACUAGAUGUGAUUGAGAGAUAUGCUUACGGUAAUGCUAAUUUGAAUACUAAAUUAACAAGUGAGAAGAUAAUCUUUAAAAAUGCUGAAGGAGACUUUGGGAGAAUGUCUGCAAUACGUGAGCAAAGCACAGUGAUGCCUGAUCAAUGGUGGGAAUCUUAUGGAUGUGGAGCACCAAACCUGCAAAAGUUAGCUAUUCGUGUUUUGAGUCAAACUUGUAGUUCUUUAGGUUGUAAGCGUAACUGGAGUAUUUUCGAACACAUUCACUCAAAGAAAAGGAAUCGGUUAGAGCAUCAAAAGCUUAAUGAUCUUGUUUAUGUUCAUUACAAUUUAAGGCUACAACAAAGGAACCGAAUGAGAAAGCAAAGUUACGAUCCAAUUUGUCUUGACGCAUUUGAGGAUCAUUCGGAAUGGAUAAUGGAAGAUUCACCACCAUUUUUAACUCCUGAAGAAGUUGAUACUUUGCAGAAUGAUCUUGCAAAUAUGUAUCUUCAAUCAGCUUUAGAUGAUUUGGAUGAAUUGAAUUUGGAAGAUGAUCGAGUUGAUGGUGAAGCUAAUAAUACUCCUGUGGAAAAUGCAAAUCAGAAUGAAACCAAUCAAGAUGUAGCUCCAGAUUUGUCAAAUGAAGAAAGAUAUCCAGACUUUGAAGUUACUCCUUGGAUAUAA